CUUUGCUACGCACCCAACGCACACGAGUCCAGCGUUCCCGACGAUUGCCCAUACGCACCGCCCAUAAUCUUUCCGCGAGCAAGUUAAUCCCGCACCAGCCCAUCGCAGGUCGAUCCCACUAUCAGCCAGUUCCAUAACUUUUCCUUCUGCAUUCGACCAACCGAAUCACUCUCAUUCUCGACUCCCUGAUCAUCGCAAUGGCCUCGCCCUCUACUUCGCUCUCCGUCACCGUCGCGCACGCGAUCUCUUACCUCACCCGCGGUCUGGCCGCAAGCUACUCCCAGGCUUCCAUCGCCCGCCUGCAGCUCGUCCUCGAGGCCAAUCUGAUGGCGCAUUACGCACCUUCCUGGGUCCCCACCGAACCGCUCCGGGGAUCGGGCCGUCGCUGCUUCACCCUCUCCCCGAACGCACUGCCUCCACGCCCCAUCCACAACGCCUGCAUGUCCGCGAACGUCAAGUGGUCGGACUGGAUCGCCGCCCUCGGCGGCGUCGAGUUCGAUCUCUUCGUGGACCCCGGCUGCGUCUCAGUUCGUUUCGCGGGUGCCCAGGGUGCCGCCACCAAGUUCUUCACCGUGUGGUCGGAGGAGGUCGAUGCCGAGCAGAAGCUGCAGGCGCAGAAAGCCGCCGCUGAGGCCAGACUCCGUGCCAACCUCGACGCCCACGCUGCGCUCCGCUCUAGGACAUUCGCCCAGCAGCUGCUCCAGCACGAUGAGGACGAGGAGAACGAGCUUUUCGCCCGCAUCGCUCAGGAGGUCCAUGAGCCGACGUUCAAGACCCCCACCGUCGACCGCUUCCCUCCCACCCUGAGCCUCAACCAAAGCCGUCGCGAGCGCGCUCGCCAGCAGCGCGUCUUCAUCGACUCGACCAGGAAGGAGGUCACCCCUUACGACGGCGGCAAGACCACGGUUCUCACGGGUGGCGUCAUGCUCGGCGCGAAGCCCGCCGCUUCGUCGCACCGCAAGACCGGCUCCAGCGCUUCGGCCAGCUGGCGCGCCAUCCGCGCAUGA